AUGUCGGAAAAGCAUUUCGAUGAGUACGAGCACUUCAAUUAUGACCAGGAGAAAUAUAUGCAUGGUCGCAGCGGGAAGCAGCGAACGAAGAAAGAAGCUGAGCAACACACGAGCCGUUUUGAUCCGUCAGGAAAUGUACGGAAGGUGGUCCAGGUGAUGCAGAACAGUGAGCAAAACGCCAGACAAAGAACCAUAUCCUCUGGAAAGGAAAGUGAGAAGAAACGGAAGGACGAAGAAGAGCAAUCUUCUGAUCACAAACGUUGUGGGCAUUGGAUUACCGAAAUAAUUGUGAAGAGUUGCCGGGAAUUCGAUGUGAAGACUGAAGAGCAAGCCUGAUCGAGGAAAAAGGAGAUGACCUCGUCUCUCUCGUUUUCGUACUUGUGAUGACCUCUUACCAUUGAGAAACUUUAAUUUCUUCCCCUUGUCAUUCGUCUUUCCGCCGUGAUACGUCGUAACGUUUAUUUCGAGUAACGAGCCCGUUGAACUAUCCUCAUUUGUGAAUACUUUGAUUCAAUCCGCGAGAAUGUGUUGGUCAUGAAACGUUCUUGCCCUUUUCAAAUUUUACCGCGUUGUAUGUAUGUCUUUUGUUCGGUGAUGGGGUUCGUACUUGGAAAUUUUUUGAAAUUUCGAUUGUGUGUUAUUCGGCUGCGUCUGGCCUUCGAUCAGUUUCCUUCCACGAUAUUUUGGAAAGGUUCCGUGUUUUUGGGGUGUGAAAAUUUGUCCGGACAGAAAAUAUAAAAGGAAGGUUGCUGUGCCCUGUU